AUUGGUCGUAAUUCUGUGUCCCGUGCAAAUGAUUGGAGCAGGCGGUUGGGCCGUGUAGCAGGAGAGGUACUGGUUCUGUAGUGCUGCAGUCCGCUAUGGCAUCUAACUACAAGAAGUCGUCAAUAGGAUCCGCCACUCAGAGGAAAAAGGCCUGUCCAAAGCCUGAGCUCACCGAGGAGCAGAAGCAGGAGAUCCGAGAGGCCUUCGAUCUUUUCGAUACUGAUGGAAGUGGAACCAUAGACGUAAAGGAGCUGAAGGUUGCCAUGAGAGCGCUAGGGUUUGAGCCCAAGAAGGAGGAAAUUAAGAAGAUGAUUUCAGAUAUUGAUAAAGAGGGAACAGGAAAAAUCAGCUUCACUGACUUUCUUUCAGCAAUGACGCAGAAGAUGGCUGAAAAAGAUUCCAAAGAAGAAAUCAUGAAGGCCUUCCGCUUAUUUGAUGACGACGAAACGGGAAAAAUAUCUUUUAAGAAUCUGAAACGAGUAGCAAAAGAGCUUGGUGAAAAUCUCACAGAUGAGGAGCUGCAGGAGAUGAUCGAUGAAGCUGACAGGGAUGGAGACGGGGAAGUGAAUGAGCAGGAGUUUCUUAGAAUAAUGAAGAAGACCAGCCUGUACUGAAUGUGCCUCUGGGAUCUGCCCCAGUGCUCCUCGGCUUCUCUGCUUAAGGAACUGAUCAAGAUCACAACCCUUGAAAGCACAACUGUGUCAUUGACCAUCUUCUUCUUGACCAGUUCUAAGUUGUGGAGAUGGCUUAAGAAACCCUGCAAUGUGCCAACCAAACAAUUUUAGGGAACUGUUUGAUUUUACUUUGUGCCUAUAUUGUGUCUCUGGUAAUGCAGGGGAGGCGAAAUAUUGUGAAAUGUGUCCAGCGUUUGGUGACAUUGACCAGUCAAAGAGAAACUGACGAUGUUGUCUAGGUUUUAUUACAAAUUGUCCAACCAAAUAUUCAGUAUAAUGUGUUUAUAAUGUGUGUUGUGUGUGUGUAUAUAUAGAAUAUAUAUAUAUAUAUAUAUAUAUAUUGUGUUUGUAUACCAUAUGUAGGCAGAAAAUAUAUUAUAAAAUUCUUCUACCAUCCUUAGAAAAGCAUACAGAUGUCAUACUUGCAUCUUCUUCAAUGGGAAAUUCAAUACCUUGUCACUUUGAUUGGGGUAAGGCCACUGGGACCCACCAUCAUUGAUCUUGAGGACCAGCGUGCCCAGUACAUCUUUCCUAGUUCAGAGCUGGCUUUGCAAACAUGUUCAGCGUCCAAGUCUAAGGUACCUACUGUCAUGUGAGGGUACUGUGGUACCACCAGACAUUUGUAGCAUAUCCAAUCAAUGAACUACUUCUAUGUGAUGUGAUUCUUCAGUGAGCAUGCAGUGAGAAGACGAAUCUGUGAAUUGAAGAGGAAGUGGAAAAAGGAUAGGAUAUAUUACAACGUUUCUUACAAUCACCUGUAAAAAAAAAUUAAACCAGCCUUCUGCUUUUUUUUUUUUUUUUUUACUGUGUUUUACUUUUAAGGUUACAUUAUGCUGAUAAUUAACCCCUCUUAAAUGGAUAUUCCAGUUGUCGCUUAAUGAUUUUUGUACUGAAGCCUCUGUAUUUUAAUGCGUGUCUUACAUUUUCCGCAUUCGUAUGCACUGCCAGAGUGGAGAACAUCUAUUGAGCACAUUUAAGAAAAUUCAACCAUUAAAAGUGUAUUUUAUAUAUUUAUAUUUGAUGAAAUGCCUCCUGUGCUAAAUAAAUGUACAUCAUCUGUCA